AUGCCUCGCCGAGCCCGGAUUCACUGUGUCUCGCUACGCUCGUCUUUGGUUCAUCUUCCGGUCUCUAUCUACGGUCCACUAUUAGAACGGCAGAUACGGCCGCAGAACCUUGCAGUGCACUUGUCUUUGGUCUCGUCAAGCAGACGAUCGUCCGGUAAUGAGAGCCGCAAGGUGGAGGCUUAUGUCGGCUGGACUGGCAUGGCCGCUGCAUCUUCCUAUGCCCACUAUCAGUCCGGAGGGUCCAGUGAGAAGGGGUUGGAAACGAUUGAGAUCGACCCGCAGUAUGCCGAGAGCCUCGGGUUUGCCUUGGGAGACGUGGUGGAGAUUGCUCUUUUACAUGACCUUCCUUCUGCAACGUCUGUGACCGCAGAACCAGUAACUUCGGAUGACUGGGAGAUCAUCGAAAUACACGCUUCGCACGUGGAGGAAACUCUUCUCUCCCAGGUCAGAGUCGCCGUAGUAGGGCAGGAGAUCGAUGUCUGGGUCAUGGGUCGCACCAGAGUCCGGCUGAAAGUCGUGUCUCUCGAGCCGCGUGGAAGAGCGGCGCUGUUAGCCACAAACACUGAAGUGAGCAUAGCACCAAAGCCUCAUGCGAAGUCAUCGGCGGCAGGGCGCGGCCGUUCGGUGAACGGUGAGUCCCCACGCCCAAAGCACCACAUCGCCAAAGGGAAGACGGACGGUUUCAGCACUGACAAGGGCAUGUCCGAGGCCAAGCCGCAGGCGAAGAAGAGGCCAGCACGGACAAUGCGGGUCUUGCCGCGACGGAACGUGCCUUCACCGACAUCCUCAGACGCUUCGCCAGAUCUCGUCAUAGCGUACGUAUCUCGAGCUACGCUAGCUGCGCUCAAUACAGACUCUGCCGCUGUGUCUGAGCUACACAGCUGGAAAGCGACUCUGCGGCGCUUGCCGCCGCCUGCAGAUCCCUCACAAGAUUCCUCGUCAAGUGCUACAUCUAUACCUCCAGCACCUCGGAUACUCAAACCUAACGGAGACAAGGGGGCAGAGAAGCCACCCGUGGCUCAAGAUGACGAAGUGAUCUUGACUUGGUCAGCUGCAAUUCCGAUACCGGAGGGGCAUAUUAUGCUUCAAGGUAAUGUGGACGGCAUCGAAGACUUUGAUCUCGUCCGCGUAUCCUUCAUCAAAGAACAUGUACUGCUUUCAGCGGAAGAGUUUCAGCUUGAGGACGCUGAAAACGAACCUCCAGAAACGAAGCGCAGGCACGGCCUAGCGGGCGUUGAUGACAUCCUGACCACAUGCACGCAAUUCUGCCUCACGCAUUUUGCGCUGCACGCCUUCAGCGGAAGGAUUCGCGGGACGCCUGGAUUAAUCGUAACAGGGCGUUCCGGUGCGGGGAAGACGUCGCUCGUGCGUGCCGUUGCAGACUCCAUGCAGGAAGAUUCCCGGACAUUAGCUUACAUACUGUACGUCGAUAUAGCAAAGUACUACGAAGCACCGAUAAGCAAAAUCCGCUCGUACUUCAAAUACUGGAUGGACAAGGCGGCGUGGCAUCGGCCAUCCGUGCUCAUUCUGGACAACAUCGAUAAACUGAUGGGCGCAGAACUCGAGCAUGCAGAUUCCUUCCGCAGCCGACACAUCGCUGAGUUGUUCCUGUCAACCUUUGGACGCUCCGCGCGCACUGCAGCGCCCAAUGCGAACGGCGUAAUCCUCCUCGCCACCGCCGAAUCACAGGCUGCGUUGCAUCCGUCACUCAACUCCUCGCAUCUAUUCCAGGAGGUCGUCGCGCUCAAGCCGCCAGGGAAGGACGCUAGACGAGACAUUCUCGCGCAGCUGGUGCGGGAGCGCAUGAACACGUCGAAUAUCGUGCAAGACCUUUCUGCGCCACUGAACUUCACGGCGCUGGCGACGCAGACGGAGGGAUAUUCGGCGACGGAUCUCAAGGACUUCGUGGCGAGGGCGGUGCAUCGCGCUGCUAUUCGGUCGACUGGGCUGGAUGACAGCGAGAGUUCUUCUACUGCGCUGCUCCAUGCAGACUUCGCAUCGGCGCAAGUGGACUUUGUUCCGUUGUCGUUACGUGAUGUCAAAUUGCAGAAGUCCGAAGUCGAGUGGGCUGACGUCGGAGGACUGCGUGAAACGAAGCGAGUGCUCCGUGAGACUCUAGAGUGGCCGACCAAGUACGGGCCUAUCUUCGCCCAGUCUCCAUUGCGCCUGCGUUCUGGACUAUUGCUGUAUGGGUACCCAGGAUGCGGGAAGACGCUCCUCGCAUCGGCCGUCGCGAAGGAAUGCGGGCUCAACUUCAUCAGCAUCAAAGGCCCGGAGUUGCUCAACAAGUACAUCGGUGCCAGCGAGAAGUCGGUGCGGGAUCUGUUUGAGCGUGCAAGCGCAGCGAAGCCUUGCGUGCUGUUCUUCGACGAGUUUGACUCUAUCGCACCGAAAAGAGGUCAUGACAGUACUGGAGUCACGGACCGCGUGGUUAAUCAGCUGUUGACGCAGAUGGACGGUGCGGAGGGUCUUGAGGGUGUCUAUGUCCUCGCUGCUACAAGUCGGCCCGACUUGAUAGAUUCUGCCUUGCUGCGUCCAGGCCGUCUGGACAAAUCGCUCCUCUGCGACAUGCCGAAUACAGAAGAACGUCGGGAGGUCCUCGAAACGCUUGGGCGCAAGACGACCAUCGCGCCCUCUGUCAACCUCGACGCCCUCGCGCGCGACACGGAGGGCUUCUCGGGCGCGGACCUGCAGGCGCUCGUGUACAAUGCGCAUCUGGAAGUCAUCCACGAUACCAUCUCGUCGCACGCGAUCAACGGGACUGCGAACGGAGCUGAUCACACGUCCGAGCAAGACGACUCAGAGCCUGUGGAGUACACCGUCCUCGGAAUGACUGAUGCAGAACAGGCGCGCGUGCUCUCAAGGGCGGAGGAGUCUGCGUUCCAGAAGCGGUUGCAGCAGGUAUUGAGGAAGCCGGACGCGGCGAAAACUGCGCCAGGCGGACCAGGAGGCGAUGUGGGCAGGCCGAAACAUGAGAUCACGGAGGAGCACCUGCGCAGGGUGUUCAAGACGACCCGGCCAUCUGUUCCCCCAGAGGAACGCGUACGGCUGGAACGGAUAUACCGUAUGUUCAUCUCGGAUCGGAGUGGCGAGAUGCCUCUUCCUCCGGAAGGGACGGAUGUGGGCAGCAGGAUGACACUUAUGUAG